CAAUUUAUACUUAACUGUCCUUGAUGUUAGUUUUUUGUUUGUUUGUUUUUAGAAGUUUUUUAGUUCAAUCUUUGGGCAGAAUGUGAUAGGAAAUACUUGUUAGCCAAGGUCUCUAAUUAAUUAUAUAUUUUUUACAGGUUAGAAUUGUUAAAACUAUCCUGAUACAUUCCUGUAAUGGCCACUGCUCAGCUCUCUCGCUCCAUCAGAUUACACAAGGAAACAGUUUUCCCAUCUCAAAUCACUAAUGAGCAUGAGUCAUUGAUAAUGGUGAAGAAACUUUUUGCUACUUCUAUCUCAUGUAUAACAUAUCUAAGGGGCCUAUUUCCAGAGAGCUCUUAUGGAGAACGCCAUUUAGAUGACCUCAGUUUAAAAAUCCUCCGAGAAGAUAAAAAAUGUCCUGGGUCACUGCAUAUUAUUAAAUGGAUUCAAGGUUGUUUUGAUGCUUUGGAAAAGAAAUACCUACACAUGGCAGUACUUACACUUUACACAAAUCCCAAGGAACCUGAGAAAGUGACUGAGAUAUACCAGUUCAAAUUCAAAUACACAAAAGAAGGAGCCACUAUGGAUUUUGACAGCAGCAGUACAAGCUUUGAAAGUGGGACAAACAGUGAAGAUAUUAAGAAAACCAGUGUUCUACUGAUCCGUAAAUUGUAUAUACUUAUGCAGAACCUUGGACCCCUUCCUAACGAUGUUAUACUUACUAUGAAACUUCACUACUAUAAUGAGGUGACCCCAAAUGAUUACCAGCCUCCUGGUUUUAAGGAAGGAGUGAACUCACACGUCCUGCUGUUUGAGGGAGAGCCCGUCAACCUGCAAGUGGGAUUGGUCUCCACUGGCUUUCACAGCAUGAAAGUAAAAGUCACGACUGAGGCCACCAGAGUGUCUGAUUUGGAGAACAAUCUCUAUCAGGAGAACAGCACUACUGAGAUCGCCCAUCAAGGCCUAGACUAUGAUGAUGAGGAGGAGGAAUGCGACAAUCACAUUGAAAGAAUGGAUUUUGUGUACAGUCAGCAGAGUUCAGAGAGCUCCAGGAAGAAGAGGAAGGUCAGCGAGCCAGUGAAAGUCUUCAUUCCUAAUAGAAAAUGAAAGAUGCCUUCGCUUCACUACAUUUAUUUAAAAGUAAUUUUAUUUUGCAACAAGCAUGCGUUAAGUAUCUUAGCAGGAAAGUAAGUUCCUAUCACCAAAACCUUUUUAUGGAUUUGUUGCUUAACUUUUUUAGUCAGUUUACUAAGUGCUAAAUUACUCCGUAGGACACAGGCUCUCUUUGCCGCAAAGAAACGAGGUCACUGGAGCUGCCUUGGGAUAGCAUUACUUCGAGGCUGAGUUAGAAAUGAGACACCCUUUAUGUUUCUAAAAGAACCGCAGCAGCUCUUUUGAAAAGAAAUAAGCUGUUCUCAAAGGAAAGAAGGGUUUUCUUUGCAUCAUUAAA